UCCGCUGAUGAUAAUUACACAGAAGAUCACAACACUUGCAUGCCAGCUACAUGACGGAAUAGGGCGACAAGCUGAGGAACUCACUGCUGAGCAGAAUCGGCUUGCUGUAAAGACAAGACCUUCUUUACUGGAGUAUUUAAGCUAUCUCCUCAAUUUUAUGAGCAUCAUAGCUGGGCCUUGCAGCAAUUACAAGGAUUAUAUAGCCUUCAUUGAAGGGAGGCAUGUGCACAUGAAGCUGUUAGAAGUGAACUGGAAGCAGAAGGGUUAUGACAGACUUCCUGAUCCUUCUCCAACUGGAGCAGUGAUGUACAAGCUGUGUAUCACACUAGUGUCUCUCAUUUUAUUCUUGACACUUACCAAGAACUUUCCUAUGGCAUAUAUUAUUGAUAAGGAAUUUCUUGAUAAAACACCCUUCUUGUCAAGACUUGGUUACUUGUAUGUUGUAACACAAGCAGCAAAACCAAAGUAUUACUUUGCAUGGACAUUAGCAGAUGCAGUCAACAAUGCAGCUGGUUAUGGAUUCAGUGGAGUUGAUGAGAGGGGCACUUUCCGCUGGGACCUGUUGUCCAAUUUAAAUAUCUGGAACAUUGAGACUGCGACAAGUUUUAAAAUGUACAUUGAAAACUGGAACAUUCAGACAGCUGCCUGGCUAAAACGUGUUUGCUAUGACAGAGCUCCCUGGUACCCUACGGCUUUAACGUUUAUCCUGUCGGCCCUGUGGCAUGGUAUCUAUCCUGGAUAUUAUUUUACGUUUCUCACUGGAAUCCUUAUCACGCUCGCAGCCAGAGCAAUCAGAAACAAUUGCAGACAUUACUUCCUCUCGUCAGUGCCUCUCAAGAUAGCCUAUGACGUUGUUACCUGGGUUGUAACUCAACUGGCUGUGUGCUAUACUGUUGCACCAUUUGUUAUGCUGGCUGUUGAGCCCACGAUUAAGUUUUACAAGUCUAUGUAUUUUCACAUGCACAUUCUAAGCAUCCUGGUGUUGCUCGCAUUACCGAUCAGACCUCAAGCCCACUCCAUAAGAAAGCCUCAGAAUCAAGUCGUGCAGAACUCUGUUAAAAGCAAAGACAAAUGA